ACGCGGAAACGCAUUCGUCUGUCUGUGGGAGAGAUUCGAUGUGUGAGUUGUUGUCCUCACCGCGCACACGCGAAGCUGAGGCUACAGGAUCUCGAAUUGGAAAAACACGCAUAAGGCGGGCGGGAAGCGGAAUCCAGAAUGUGGCGGCGUUCCCUAGUGAACGUUGCGGGUAUCUUCCGUGGACUACACAGUGUUCCCAGCGCUGCGAGAACAGUUUCCAUGCCGCCGCUGCUGCCGUCGCCGGCUCUCUCGACCAGCAUCAUACAGGCUCCGCGCAUUUCACCUUCGAUCGCUCCAGCAAGAAUCAUGCCGCCUUCGAACAAGGCUGAGGUCGAGCUACCUUACCUAAGGUACAAAGAGAUCACCCUGCCGAACCUCGGAAUCAUUCAGAGUCCGAUGGAAGAACCGAAAUCCCGGAAAAACACAGCGAUCCAAUGCGCAGUCUUGAUUCGGAUCAGACGACGGAAAAUGAAGAAACACAAGCUUAAGAAGCUCAGGAAGCGUAUGCGUUUUGUGUUCGCGAAGCUACGGUUCCGGAGGGAGAAGGCGAAGGAGGCCCAAUUCAAGGAAGAGCUGCUAUGCAAAAUCCGAGAAGCCGAGGAAUUCGACGCGGAAAAAUAUGUGAAAUCAGUCAUUCAGCAAAUUCGUGAUCGACACGCUCAUAUAGAAACCCCGGAACAGCGACGAGAAAGGUUUCUCGAACUCAAGAGGAAGUAUCGUAGCAAUGUUGAAUGGAUAAAACCGAAACUCGACUGAUUAACCCGUGUCGAGGGCAACCCGGUUGGGUCGGAUUUGUAGGCUCUCUAUUGCGAAUAAAGUUGC